AUGUCUGCGAGUGGUACAGCCAACCGCGUCAAAGAGGGCGCCCGGUCCGCUGCUACCAAAGUAGAAGAAGCAGCUUCAGAAGCAGUGAACAACCCCGUCAAAGCAAAGAAUGACUUCCUCCACACGCCUGUCAUGCGGGCAGCUCUGCCAUUCAUCAAUGGUGGCCUCGCUGGCAUGUUCGCUACCGCAUGCAUUCAGCCCGUCGACAUGAUCAAGGUCAGACUACAGCUGGCUGGUGAAGGUGCAAGAGGCGGGCCAAAACCCAGUGUCAUGGGUGUCACAAGAGAAGUACUUGCCUCAGGUCGGGUCCUCGACUUGUACACCGGCUUGUCAGCAGGUCUGCUUCGGCAAGCGGUCUAUACGACAGCCCGGUUGGGUUUCUUCGACACCUUCCAGAACAUGUUGGCCGACCGUGCAAAGAAGAACGGCACCCAAGUAACCUUCCUCGAGCGCGGCGCCGCAGGCCUCUCGGCUGGUGGUCUCGCUGCCAUGAUCGGCAACCCAGCUGAUCUGGCACUGAUCCGCAUGCAGUCAGAUGGUCUCAAGCCCAAAGACCAGCGAGCAAACUACCGCUCCGUGUUUGACGCACUCAAGCGUAUCGCCCAGGCCGAAGGUGUGACAGCGUUAUGGAACGGUGCUUACCCAACAGUCAUUCGUGCUAUGGCGCUGAACUUCGGCCAAUUGACCUUCUUCGCAGAGUCGAAAACCCAGCUGAAGCAGCGGUUCCCAGAUCUGAGCCCCAGUGCGAACACACUGACUGCCUCCGCCAUUGCUGGCUUCUUCGCGAGUUUCUUCAGCUUGCCAUUUGACUUCAUCAAGACGAGGUUGCAGAAGCAACAGCGAGGUCCGGACGGCACACUUCCAUACAAAGGCUUUUUCGACGCUGCUGGUAAGGUCAUCAAAAAUGAAGGUCCACUGCGCUUCUACAGAGGGUUUGGCACGUACUAUGUUAGGAUUGCGCCACAUGCGAUGAUCACGUUGAUCGUAGCAGACUACCUGAAGCUCAUCACAGCUUGA